AAAAAAACACCAUAACUUUAGCGCUUGGAAAACACUCGUUUGUCCAAGCUUUAUUCAAAAGACAAUAUGUAUGCGGGUGAUCUGAGUGAUCCCCACAUCUAAAUUUGCUCCAUCACGUCGUACACACAUACAGCCUCCGAGGACAUGUAUUGGCAGCCUGUCUGACCCUCAUCCCUUUCAAGAGCUUGGUUGCUAUCUGCGGUCGUUACUAGCCUCGGUCAUUCCUUUUAAUAGACGGACUCACUUGCGGGCGGACAGGCCUCGGUUAUGCCAUUCCCUCCUCAGCAGCCAUCUCCAUUCGUUCGACAACAAACUCAACAGGCUGUAAUUCAACCAGGUUAUUCGUAAGGAAACCGCAGAAAUUUAAUCAGGAAAACGGAUCAGUCAUCAGUCAUUUGUAUCAAUACCAUACACGCAUAAACACAAAACUUGAGCCUUCGGAUUGUGCUAACGGAUUAUCCUACCGGUUGGCCUAACAGGAUGCGGUCCAAUCUUACCAAGUUGGCCCUACUUGGAUGGAUAAUCGGAAUUUCCGAUGUUGUUUGUCAAGCUCAAGCCCCAUUGCGACUCCAAAAAUCGGGCAUCAAGCAAUCUGACCAAGACAAGCAGAGAGCCGAAGAGGUGAAGACCACAUUCAUCGGUGCCUUCGAUGAUUAUAUCAAGUUUGGCUUCCCUGCAGACGAAGUCAAACCCCUCAGCAAAACUGGCCGAAAUACUCGCAAUGGCUGGUCAGCUACUUUGGUGGACUCCCUCGAUACCCUUUUUGUGAUGGAUCUUCAGGAACGAUUCGCCCAGGGAGUGGCAGACACUUUAAAAAUCGAUUUCUCAAAGAGUCAAACCGAGGAGGGUGUCUCUAUUUUCGAGACGACCAUCCGAUACAUCGCCGGAAUCCUCUCAGCAUACGAGUUGUCAGGAGCUACCAAUGCCCCACUUCUUGACCAGGCCCGCAAGCUAGCCGACAAACUUCUCUUAUGCUGGCAAGAUGAUCAACAGAACUUGCCGUUCCCCUUCCUUGAUUUCACUACCAACAAGCCAGUCGUACGAGAUUAUAUCAGUGCUGCAUCUGCGGGAUCUUUAAUCAUGGAAUUCGAUCGCUUGAGCUUCUACACUCGCCAGCCCAAAUACCUCGCAUAUGCCACUAAGGCGGUCCAAACUGUCAUCAAAACUCCUUCUCCCCUUCCCGGGCUCCCUGGAUUGACAUUUGGGGUUAAGAAUCAAACCAUACUGAGUAACUACGCCACUUGGGGUUCGGGCACAGACUCUUACUUGGAGUACCUUUUGAAGUACGGCAUGCUUAUCAACAACAGUGACAACUCAUACUACAAAACCUGGAAACAGGCGGUGCAAUCAUCUAUUCAAAAGCUAAUCCAAGUCUCCCCUGUGCGAAACUUGACCUACCUGGGCGGGUAUUCGACUUCGAGCAACACUCCUGACUACGAAUUUUCUCAUCUGGCUUGCUUCACCGGCGGAAACUGGCUCAUGGGAGGAAAAGUCUUCCAAGACGAUCAGCUAAUUGAUUAUGGUCUGAAGCUAAUAGCGACUUGCAUGGAAACUUAUAAGCGCACUGCCACUGGUCUUGGUCCAGAAAUCUUUCGGUUUUUGGGACCGAAAGGUGAAACUACUGACGAGAAGCCAAGCCCGCAAGACCUGGAGUUCUUUCGGGCCAAUGGUUUUUAUAUUGCGAAUGCAGCCUACCAUUUACGACCCGAAGUCAUCGAAUCUGUCUUCUAUGCUUGGAGGUUGACUGGGGACACCCAAUACCAAGAAUUCGUCUGGCAGGCUUUCAAAUCCCUCCAGAAGUACUGCAAAGCCCCUGCCAGCUAUUCUGAUAUUGAGGACGUCAACUCUUCCUCCAACCCCAAACCAAAAGAUGCUUCAGAAAGUUUCUUGUAUGCCGAAACUUUCAAGUAUAUCUACUUAACCUUUUCGGACCCUGAGCUUUUGUCGUUAGAUCAAUACGUCUUCAAUACCGAGGCGCACCCUUUCCGCUAUCAAGGAUCGCAAAAUUCUACAAGCAACUCGACCUCGACCACCACCACAACCAGCAAGAAGACCGGCGCAAAGCUAGGAUCGACGUCCGCUCAAGUCGGUCGAGUCUCAUCCGGCCUGCUUCUCCUCUGUCCAUUGUUGAUCUUUUUCUGGCUGAUGUGAUCGACCCAUCUCACAUUUGGCAGUUUCCCUUUUCAUCUCAAAAGGCUUACUGACUAGGCGAUGAUCAGCUUCUCAAGGGGCUACAUGCUAGCAAUUUCUCCUCUUUUUCAGUAACCCUCCGUAAACUCGUUCAAUGUCUUGUUUCUUAGAAAUCUGUUCGCAAUCGCAUUGGUUCUUUCUGGAACCGCAUCCCCCCCUGACUUAACUACCGAGCAGCAUUGUAAUUCCACUCCACUUCGCUCUAUCUCUUUUCGUUGUCUGUUGUUUGCUUAUAGUAUUGGUCUUCACUCGGGAUUGCAUGCUUAACAUAUUCUCAUUACACCACUCGCACCUCAUUGUUUAACUCGUUUUUUUUCUAGCUCUGGAUUGGAAAUAAUCUUUAAAUUUCAUCCCCGGAAUUUAACCGGGCAAAAUCGAUGGGAGUUAUUUAAAAGACGGAUGGUCUCCAUGCCCCCCCCCCCCCCCGC